AUGCCUGAACACUUGUCUAUUGACCAUGAAGCUCCAUCGGAGCCUCCAAAGGGAUUCCUUGAAAGAGCCACUGAAACCCCAAACAUUGCAGAUUUCGCAACCUAUAAGAAAUGGCACCAACAAUCUGUUGAAGAUCCCGCCACCUUCUUUGGUGAGAAGGCCAAGGAACUUUUGUCUUGGGACAGACCCUUUGACUUGGCCAGAUACCCCGUUAAACCAGACACCGAUUUCGAUAACGGAGACAUUCCUGCUUGGUUUGUGGGUGGUAAGUUGAACGCUUGUUACAACGCUGUUGACAGAUGGGCCCACAAGAACCCCGACAAGCCAGCGCUUAUCUAUGAAGGUGAUGAAGUUGACUCUGGAAGAAUCAUCACCUACGGGGAAUUGUUGAAGGAAGUAUCCAAGUUGGCUCAAGCUUUGACCAAGUUGGGUGUUAAGAAGGGCGACUCAGUUGCUGUCUACUUGCCAAUGAUCCCUGAAGCCAUUGUCACCUUGUUGGCCAUUGUUAGAAUCGGUGCUCAACACAGUGUCAUUUUCGCUGGGUUUUCCUCCACUUCUCUUAAGGAUAGAAUCUUAGAUGCCGACUCUCGUAUUGUCAUUACUGCCGAUGAGUCCAAGAGAGGUGGUAAGACUAUUGAAACCAAAAAGAUCGUUGAUGAUGCCUUGAAGGACUGUCCAAACGUUAGAAACGUCUUGGUGUUCCAAAGAACCGGUAACUCUCAUGUUCCAUUCAGCGCCGGUAGAGACUUGUGGUGGCAUGAAGAAUUGGUCAAAUACGGACCUUAUUCUCCUCCUGUCCCCGUUGACUCUGAAGACCCCUUGUUCCUCUUGUAUACUUCUGGUUCAACCGGUAAGCCAAAGGGUGUCCAACACACUACUGCUGGUUACAUGUUGGGGGCACUUUUGACUACCAAAUAUACCUUUGAUGUUCAUGAGAACGACAUUAUUUUCACUGCUGGUGACAUUGGUUGGAUUACUGGUCACACCUACUGUGUCUAUGGACCUCUUUUGAACGGUGCCACUUCUGUGGUCUUUGAAGGGACUCCUGCUUAUCCUAACUUCUCCAGAUAUUGGGAAAUUGUCGACAAAUAUAAGGUCAACCAAUUCUACGUGGCUCCAACCGCUUUAAGAUUGUUAAAGAGAGCCGGGACAAAGUUUGUUGAGAAUUUCGACUUGUCUUCUUUAAGAGUCUUGGGUUCUGUUGGUGAACCAAUUGCUGCUGAAGUCUGGCAUUGGUACAACGACAAUAUCGGUAGAGGUCAAGCCCAUAUUGUUGAUACUUAUUGGCAAACUGAGUCUGGGUCUCAUUUGAUCACACCAUUGGCUGGUGUUACUCCCACCAAGCCUGGGUCGGCCUCUUUACCAUUUUUUGGUAUUGAUGCUAAGAUCUUGGAUCCAGUUAGUGGUGAAGAAUUGGAAGAUGACUCUGAAGGUGUUUUGGCCAUUAAGAACGCCUGGCCUUCGAUCACCAGAGGUAUCUACGGGGACUACGCCAGAUACAUUGAUACAUACUUGAAGCCAUACCCUGGUUACUACUUUUCGGGUGAUGGUGCUGCAAGAGAUAAGAACGGAUUCAUUUGGAUCUUGGGAAGAGUCGAUGAUGUCGUCAACGUUUCCGGUCACAGGUUGUCGACUGCUGAGAUCGAGGCUGCUUUGAUUGAACAUGAAUUGGUUGGAGAAUCUGCCGUUGUAGGUUACGCCGAUGAGUUGACUGGUCAAGCAGUGGCUGCUUACGUUUCAUUAAAGUCCAAGGAAGGAAUUGAAGACAUUGAAGCCGUCAAGAAGGAAUUGAUCUUGACUGUCAGAAAGGAAAUCGGUCCAUUCGCUGCCCCCAAGUUGAUCUUGUUGGUUGAUGACUUACCAAAGACCAGAUCCGGUAAGAUCAUGAGAAGAAUCUUGAGAAAGGUUUUGGCAGGUGAAGAAGACCAAUUGGGUGACACUUCUACUUUGGCCAAUCCCGGGGUUGUUCCUCACGUGAUCGAUGUUGUCAAGAGUGCUUCUAAAUAA